AUGAUCUCCUUGCCGGCCCUGAAGAACAUUGAGGUGCUGUCACUGGGCCGAAACCUCAUCAAGAAGAUCUCAGGAUUAGAGGAGAUUGGCUCCACUCUCAAGGAGCUUUGGAUCUCCUACAAUCAGAUCUCAACCUUGGAUGGCUUAGCACCUUGCGUGAAACUCACCACACUCUUCAUCUCGAACAACAAGAUCAAGGACUGGCCCGAGCUCGACAAGCUCCAGGCCAACCAGGAUUUGGUGAACGUGCUCUUCUAUGGCAAUCCGAUUUAUGAAGGUUUGUCCAAGAAGCAGGCCCGACCGAAGGUCCUGGAGCAUUUGCCGAAGAUUGCCACCUUGGACGGCGAGCUCCUCACCGGCGAUGAUGACGAUGGGGCCGGGGCGCCACCACGGGACCGGACGGGAGAGAAGCGACGGAGGGGGAGGAAGCUGCGGAGUGAGGAGUGGCCAGCUUAUGGGAUAUGGACACCGGAUGUGGAGUUGAGUGUGACGUUACGGACGUCGGUGAUCUCCCUGCCGUGCUACGACGAUGACGGAGUCUAUCUAGGCCCUGCGAUCUACGGCACGGCGAAGACCUUCGCCGCCCCUGCGGCGCGGAGCAUGCGGAAGCGCUUGCGGCGGGGAGCUUUGAAGGGGAAGACGGAGGAUCUGGAUGGCUACCCAGAGAGAGAGGAUCCUGGACCAGGUGAUGAUGCCCCGGUAGCUCGUUUGGGACGCAGCAGCGUGCCGAAGGAGGGCUUGUCCCGGCGAAGUUCUCCUCCAGCCUUGGCGGUGGAACCUGUCUUUGGGAAUGCACCACAGGCUGGGAUUUCACUUGCCCAGAACCAGGUGGAGCUGCCUUCCUUAUGCCGCCCUCGCGAUAUCAACUCGCGGGCAGCAUCGCCUUUGUCACCCUUGGGCACCCUGGAACCUCCACGUGGACAGCGGAUGCUGCAGCACCUGGGCGCCUCAGUGGUGGGCGAGGAGGUUCCUGCGCCUCAGAAGUACGAGUCUGAAUCGGAGGAGGAUGACCCAAGCUGCCCUUCAAUCACUCCUGGCAGCCCUGCGAAACGCGCUUUGCCUGAGGCUGCCCAUGCGCCCAGAACGGUGGCACAGUUGGAGCAGUUGAUGCUCGAGUGGUCAGAGACACCAGCGGAUUGCAAGGACGGCGAUUUCUGCUACGCCAAGGCUUUGACGCCCUACACAUUGAUCCCCGUGCGACGGCCCAAUGAGCAGGACAAGACCUGGGUUGUGGCGGGGCGCAGUGGUCUGAUGUUUUGCAGUGAGACUGGCAUCGAGGAUUGGGUAACCUACAAGGACUUCUUUGCGGAGCGGGAGCUCUACCGGACGAUGAAACGACAACGCUGGGCCAAGCAAUUCCAGAUCGAGAAGAACUUCCAUCGCUGGAGAGAGAAUGCCCGUCGGGCUGGCUUCGCUUUGGCCCGGGAUGCCGUCGCUGAUCAGCUUUUCCACUUGAAGCCCAUCACUCAAGACGCUCUUUUGUGGCUUCACCGAUUUUGCUGUGAGAAGUUUGAGCGGCUGAGCCCGCUGGAUGCGGAGGCCUUUGGACAUCAGCCACGGCUCUUGGCGGAGUAUGGGGCCAUCCACCGCAUGGGCUGUGAACGGGUCUUGGCACUCGUAACAACCUUAGAUCAUCAGCUGGAGAAUGGCCUUCGGAAGUGGUGCAGCAAGAUGCUGCGGCCGCACCUCGACGCGGAGCGCGAGGCGGCGCCCAAGCCGCCCAACCUGGCGAUCGCCGCGGCAGAGGUCACGGACGUCAUGCAAAGCUUGGUCCCAUUGAUCGAGCCCAGCAAGGAAGAGGUCGCCUUGGGCUUUCCUCCCACCACCGUGGCUGGGCGCACUCGUUUGCAACACGUAUGCUACUCAAUCUGGACCUUCAUCCGCUUGUGCAGCUUCAUGGUAGAAGGACAUCUACGAAACCUCGCACGGCAGGAGUUUCAACGGUUUGCCGCGGCCUUGCUGUCAGAGCCCCGGGAGUUCUUGAGGUCAGAGCAAUGGCGCAACUCCAGGACCCCCGACGUGCCCAUGCGGCGCCGCGUCUCGGGGCAGCGCCGGGCCUUGCGAGAUCUGGUCUUCCAGCUGGAACUCACCACAGGUGUCGACCUCCGCCGCUGGCCCCGCCAAGCUCGCCGCGCGGCGGCCGACCCGCGCGUGCCGGCGCCGCCGGCGCCACGGCUGGCUGCGACGCCCAAUGCAGAGGAGGUCAUUGGAUGGGUCCUACAAGCCAUGAACAGCAACAUCAACACGCUCCAGUCUCUCAGGAUGCCCUCAUGCACUGCAUCUUUGCUGCUCUACCGUCAGGUGGCCACCCAAAAUGGGCUGGCAGAUUCGGAGGAGACCCCGCACUGGCCUUGCUACGAGCUCUCGAAAGACAUCCUCAAUGAGGAAGGUGCCCAAGAGAAUGUCUUGGCGGUGCUGGAGCGCUUGAAAGAGGCCUUUCAGGUGAUGGACAGCUUGGAACAAAAGCUUCAGGGCCUGGUUGGCCGCUACUGCGACAGCAUGACCUUCUCUCCUGUACCCAGUGAUGCCUUGCAGGACCUUGCAUCUCAGAUGAUCAAUCUCGGGGAGAUGAAGAAGCAGCUCCUUGAUGUUCAGGAGUCCUACCCUGUGAAUGGCAUUUUGCUCCUGGAUUGCUUGACCCUGCAGAAGGACCUGAAUCACGGCUGGUCAGAUCGACUGGAUGAGCUGAUCCGGAAGUCACAAGAAGAAAUCGAGGCCGCCUCCAGGCCAGUGCAACAGUGGACUUCGGAACAUCAGGGCACCAUCCAGGCGCUUCCGCCCACAGACAUCGAAAACUUCUUGCAGUACCUGCUUCGUGUUCAGAGGAUUCAAUUGGACUUCCCCCAACACCAGAAGCAGGUGCAGCAGAUGCAACACCUGGAGCUGCUGUUGCACCAGAUAGGCGGAGUGUUGGAUUCCUUCUACACCGAUAUGAUUGUCCAUUCGAAGGAGCGGACCACCGAUUUCAAGAGGGAGUUGACCAAGAGCCUCGAGAGAAUCGAGGUAUCCUCGAAGCGUUUCAUUGAAGCCUUGCAACAGCAGAAGCCUACAAUCUUGCAGAAGUUGCAGCUGUUCAUCCAGAGUCUGCAAGAUCCAGCGCUACAGACGCUUCAGAGCGACACCUUUGGAGAACUCGAGGCGGAUGACAUGGCUCCCAGCAAGGCCUUGCUGAUGGCCGAGCACCGUGGGGAGGAGCUGAAGUUCUCCUUCCAGGAUCAGCAAGAGACCCAAUACAUCCUCAAGACGGAGGCGCUUCUGACGAAGAAGUCGCAGGAGCUCCAGCAGCUGGAGGAAUUGGUGAGGAAUUGGACCGAGAAGUUGCGAUGUCUCGGUGUCGAGGAUGCCACGUGCGAGGAGAAGUUCACGGAGGCCCAGUCGUUGCUCGAUCCCCUGGCCGAGCUCUGGUCGGCCGCUGCGGAGUUCUUGGAGGUGCUCCGCUUCUGUGGCGAGGCAGAUCUGUGGUCUUUUGACCAGGAGCUGUGCUGCUCCAAAUGCAAGGACAUGUCAGAGCAACUGGAGGACAUGUUGCCGAUUUGCAUGUGCGUGGAGCUUCAUACCCGCUGUGAGCUGCUUCUGGAGAUUCUCAACUUGGCCCAGAUCUUCAAGAGUCAAGAGCUCCAAGAGGUUCACUGGCAACAGCUGGAUGCCAUGGUAGACAAGUGGAACUUGAAGAUCCUUCAGAACCUCAGAACCAGGUUGAACAACAAGUCGGUGAUGCUUCAGGUGCUCUAUGCCGGAAUCAGAAGAGUGAUCCUCUUCAGAAAUGACAACCUUUUGUUUGCCGGUCCUCUUGCAUUGAUACUUCUUGACCACCUGGAGGUCCAGGAUACUGGGCCCAAUCGUCAUCCUGGUCCGGCUGGGGAAAUUCCUCUUCCUGCGCACGCAGUUUGUUUCCAUGUCAAGAAGUGGGAAGAUCUUCUGGGCAACUUCGUUGGCGAUUGAUCUCCGGCGGGCGGUUUGCUGAGCUUUUCGCCCAGGCUUGCAAAGGCCCCCAGUGGCGCGCACCAUCGUG